AUGUCAGUAGAUAAAGUGCAUUUACGACACUGCGUUUUAUAUGAAUACGAAAAAGGAAGCAACGCAUCGGUUGCAUGUAAAAAUUUAUGUGCGGUAUUUGGAAAAGAUAUUGUAAAUGUUCGUACUUGUCAAAGAUGGUUUACCAAAUUUCGUUCCGGGGAUCUGACCCUCAAAGAAAGUGAUCUAUCUGGACGACCAUCCAAGGUCGAUAAUGAUGUUUUGCAAUCCACGUUGGAAAAUAAUCCACAUUUAACAAGUCCAGAAAUUGCAGAAGAGUUUGGCAUUCAUCAUACAACUGUUGGAGAUCACAUUAAAUCUCUUGGGUUUGUGUUAAAGCAAAGUGUUUGGGUUCCACAUGAAAUAACGGAAAAGAAUUUGUCUGAUCGUGUAAGAAUGUGUUCAUCACAUCUGAUUAGACACAAUGUGGAGCCGUUUUUGGACAGGCUGGUUACUGGAGAUGAAAAGUGGAUUCUUUACGAGAAUAUUAAGAGAAAAAAAUCUUACUCCAAACCAGGAACAUCAUCAGCAACAGUUCCAAAACCAAGUAUCUAUCAACGAAAAGUAAUGCUUUGUUUGUGGUGGGGCAGGAAAGGUCCAGUGUACAACGAGUUGCUGAAACAGGGGAAAACCAUCAACGCGGAUCUGUACUGCAAUCAGCUGGAUAAAUUUAAUGCAGCUAUCAAAGUAAAAAGGCCAGCAUUGGCGUUCAGAGAAGGAAUAGUGUUCCACCACGAUAAUGCUCGCCCGCCUACUGCAAUGAUGACACUACAAAAACUGAAUGCGUUAGGAUGGGAAAUCCUUAGUCACCCACCGUAUUCUCCUAACAUUGCACCAUCUGAUUAUUAUCUGUUCAGAUCUCUGCAAAGUUAUCUAACGGGAAAAAUAUUCAAGUCUUUUGAAAGUGUUUCUAAUUCAGUUACUGACUAUUUUAACUCUAAGGACGAGAACUUCUACAAAACAGGAAUUCACAGGUUACCUGAAAGAUGGCAACAGGUUGUAACAAAUAAUGGAGCAUAUAUAAUUGAUUAUUAUUAA